UAUACGCUCGACCACUGAUAAGGAUAAGUGCAAGUUCCGAGCAAAAUUGAGUUGCUGCCACUCAGUUGCUGGAGUGCCGUCGAAAGAGUCGCUCGACUGUCGAUCCGUGAAGUGUUUUUUGUAUUGGGAAAAAUGAAAAUUGAAUGGGCACCGCUGAAAGUGCCGCCGCGCCGGCGACUGCAGACUCUGGUGACGCUUCUGAUCACUUUCACGUGUUUUAUGCUCUCAAUAACCGCCAUACCAAUUAUUCUAGCAUCGCUGUUCUAUGGUGGACUCGUACUACGCAGCUUGGUGCUCAUCUACUUGAUCUACGUGUUUGUGGAUCACAAAAGAAACAACUCUGUAAUUGAUGGCAAUGGUUGGCUGUUAAACCGUUCUAAUCGCCUGUAUCGACACUAUCGCAAUUACUUUCCCGUGGAGCUGGUGAAAACAGCCGAGCUGCCACCAAACAAAAACUAUAUCUUGGCCAGCUUUCCGCACGGCAUACUGGGAAAUGGAAUCGGCAUCAACAUGGGCCUGGAUAUCUCGCGGUGGCUUGAGCUCUUCCCCAAGAUCCGACCCAAGGUGGGCACUCUCGAUCAGAAUUUCCUGAUACCCAUUGGACGUGAGGUGCUGCGCUCCUGGGGCCUGGUGUCCGUCUCGAAGGCUGCCCUCAACUAUUUGCUAACCAAAUCGAAUGAUCCCAAGCAUGCGGACAAUCGGGAUGGCUUCACAUCCAAUGCGGUGGCCAUUCUCGUAGGUGGCGCCCAAGAGGCCAUGGACUCCCAUCCAGGGCAGUACAUUGUGACGCUGCGAAAUCGCAAAGGAUUCGUCAAAAUGGCCAUACGAACGGGCUCACCGAUUGUUCCCACGUUUUCCUUUGGGGAGGUGGACAUAUUCGACCAGGUGCCCAAUCCUCCCAAUUCUCUUGUGCGUCGCGUGCAGACUGUGGUGAAACAGCUGACGGGCAUAUCGCCGCUGAUUCCAGUGGGUCGUGGCAUCUUCAACUAUUCCUUUGGCUUCCUGCCCAAUCGUCGCCGCAUCGUACAAGUUGUGGGCGCACCCAUCAAUGUGGUGAAGAGCGAUCAGCCGGAUGCCGCCUAUGUGGACAAGGUGCACGGCCAGGUCAUUGAGGCGCUGGAAAAGAUGUUUGAAAAGUACAAGAAGAAAUAUAUUCCGAACCCAAAGAACACCAAGCUGGUCAUCCAUUAAACGGUAGAAAAUGCUUUAAAAAUUUCGACGAAAUGUGAUCUUAGUUCAACUUGCAUUUAAUAUAAAUCUAAAUUUGUUAUCGUUUUCCGAUA